AUGGCGAUGGAAGACGACGACCAACGGCGUGGUAAUGCGUCCGAGCAGACACCUCUUUUAUCCCACCAUGAACCUGCAACACGCUCGCGUUCACGACUCCAUUUAUUGCCCAAUCAGAGAAAGCGUGCAGCAUUCGUCUACCUUUUCACCUUUGGCUUCAUUGCUCUCCUUGCAUUGGCCGUUCAUGGCGUUCGAGUGGCACUUCCUGAAGCAUUAUCAGACCGGUCAGCUCAAGCAAAGGAUGGCUUUGCCGGCAUGCACGCGUUUGAAACCUACUUGAGUCGCUUUACUGAACCACACCCUGUGAACUCUCGAGAAAACAUUGCUAUGAAGGCAUGGCUCGACUCUCUCGCAUUCGAUUUCCAAAAGGAAGGCCAAAAAACAGGCGUCCAGGUGGAUGUGGUAACCAAGGAUGGCAUUGUGGUGGCAAACGAGAAUGUAUGGUUCGCCAAGAGUGAACAAUGGAUUAUGGAAUCAAGAAACCUGAUUGUACGCCUACGUGGUCAACUUGAUACGGAUGAAGCAGUAUUGAUCAAUGCGCACUAUGACAGCGUCCCUACAGCUCCUGGAGUAACCGAUAAUGGUAUGGGUGUAUCAGUGGCCUUGGAACUCUUGAGAUACUUCAUUCAGCAUCCUCCUCGUCAUUCAAUCAUUUUCCUUAUCAACAAUGCCGAAGAAGGAGGAUUGGUUGGUGCCAAGCAGUUCACGAAGCAUCCUUGGUUUCCCACAGUGAAGAUGUUUAUUAAUCUUGAGGGAGCUGGAGCUGGAGGACGUGCAAUGAUUUUCCGUUGUAGCAGUAUGCAAGCAAUAAAGCAUGUAGCAGCACAUGCUCCAUUAGCGCAUGCAACACCCCUUGGCAAUGAUAUGUUCAAACUUGGGUUAAUCAAAAGUGAUACCGAUUAUACAAUCUUCACACAACAAGGUGUCCCUGGUGUUGACAUUGCAUUCUAUGCACCUCGUUCUCAUUACCAUACGCCACGUGACAACCUCGACAACACAUCACCAAAGUCAGUCCAACACAUGGGUGAUGUCACUUUGGAAGCUCUCAAGGCAAUCGACAAAGAUGAUUCCAUUUUCACUGAACAGCAUGAAUCAAAGAUGGUGUACUAUGACGUCGUAGGCCGCUUUAUGCUUGCAUAUGGAUUUGCCACCCAACGCAAUAUCAACAUCCUUAUCUUGGUUGUUGCUCCAUUGAUCGCUCUCGUAUGGACAUGGAUUAUCGCUGGUCCCUCCAAAGGCCGCAUACUCGGUCAACGAAUGGCGAUUGUGGCACAAGGAUUCUUUGCUACUAUCAUUGGUUUUCUAUUCACGGUGAUCUUUGUGGGUAUUGCAGCAACGGCAUUAUUCAAUAUCAAUACUAUGGUCACGUAUGGAAAUGCCAUCUCAGUGUCCAUGUACCUCUUCCUCGCUGCUGUUCUUGGUUUGAUCACAUCCCAAAUUCUUUGCACCAAACCUGAAUUUAUGCGAAAGACCUUGUCAUCACCAGAAUCAAGCUUUUAUGGUGUUAUUGCGUUUUGGUGGAUCAUGGUGAUAUUGAGCGUAUACGCAUCCUCUAAUCAAGUGGCCGUCAUGUACUUUUCCAUCUUUAUCUUGGCAAGCAAUGUCGUUGCUGUGGCCCUUUACAAUGCCAUGCCGGUCCAGAGCCUUUUAAGAAUGCCUCUUGUGUUCCUGACUCAAAUCUUGGUGCCUUUUGUGAUCCUUAUUGAUCAAAACUACUUGUUGAUGGAUACCAUGCGUCAUGCGACGGUGGAUGGAACCCCAGAAGCUGCAGUAUAUGGAUUGAUGUCCUUGCCAAUCGUCCUCAUGGUGAUUCACCUUCAGCCUUGGAUCCAUAUCGCUGGUCGUAAGCGAUCUGCAGCCAUCAGCAUGACUACUAUCUUUGUCCUGGUGUUUGCUGUUUGCUGUGUCCUCAAGCCUUUCAAUGAUGGCUGGUCACCAAACAAGAUGUUGUACAGGGAAGAAUACAAUGCAACUUCAGGAUUGUCAACUGUGAGCAUGACAGCAGCUUGGGGCGUUGCACAAGCCUUGAAGAAAACGCUUCCUGCCAAUGAAUCUCAAUCACUCUCCUGCAACGUGUUCAAUACAUAUCAAACGCAAUGCAAGUACCAAACCAGCCUUGUGCCUAUUUAUGCCGACAACCAAGACGAGAUCCAAGUAUCAAAGAUCGAGACUUCAUGCGACGAUGAUAAUGUGUGUCGCCUUGAUACGGUGUUUACAGCCAAAAACAGCAUCUUGUGUCGCUUACGCUUGGAUACGGAUGAUGAGAAGGAUGGCAAAUUUAUCAAAGGAUUUGCACAUGGCGUGGAGACGCCACAUGACAAGACACUUGGAGCUUUAGUCGCCUACAACCUAGAGUAUGGGCAGCCUUUCCAUAUGGGUGUGGAAUACAAAAAGACCGGCAAUGCAACAAUGAGCGCGACCAUUGGCUGCUACUACGAUGAAUGGACCAAGGGGGAGAUACCAGCAUUCAAAUACUUACUCGAUCAUUUGAGCAAGGAUACCACCGUUUUGAUCCGAGGACAGGGCUUAGCUACCGUCAAUUAUCAGCGUAUUACCUUGUAA